GUCUGACAGCACUUAAACGCAGCACAGGUUUUACCCACGCAGACAUUUCAACGAGCCCGAAACAAGACAGAACCGAGGUUUCCUGUGUUUUUUUAUGACCUGUUCGUCUACCAAGAAGCAUUCAUUAAUAGCCCCACAGGUAUGAUAAAAGCCGUUUGUAUCGUUUUGAGGUCUUAAAGGAAUAUCAACGCAUCGUGAAUCGUUUAAUAUUGUCCCGAGACGGCAGUGAUUUGUGUAGAUUAUGUCGACAGCGGAUGUUUAAAGGAACAUCACGAAGCACCGUAGUUUCACAAGUCUGUGUAGCCAACACCAGCAAUGAUAGCACGGUAAAGUCUAAUGAAAAUGUAGUUUAGAGUUCCUGGCAGACGGAUAAGUGGUGAGUGAGGAGAAAGGUCCGCGUUUUCGCCGCCAUGUUUGUUUUGAUCCGCAGAGUGACACCAGUUUGACACUUCAACGUCUUCUUUUGUUUGUUUACGUGAGUCGACUGGACAAAAGCUAAACCCCAGUCAGAAAUAGCAGAUAUCAUGAAGGUGGGUUUCAACUUUCUGUUUUAUAACCCAGACUUUCUGCUUCAACCUAAAGGGACAUUCAGCAAGUCACGUGACUCUUCUUCAGCCUGCGGGCCGUUUUCAUGGAGAACAAUGAGGAAUAUAAACAUUUAUGAUGAUAAAAAGCAAGACAGAAAUACUGGUAGAAAACUGUUAAACUUGUGGUAAUAGAUAAUAUAUAUUUAUACUUUAUAAUACUCUAUUUUAUUGUAUUCUGCACUCUCAUAACACUAUAUGAUUGUAAAAACCACCAAUUUGCACCUUUCUGUAAAUAGCAGCAUUUUAGCCACCUUAUUGCUAUUUCUUCAACCAGCACAAUUUGCACGCCAAUUGCAUGUUCCCAAUGGAAUAUCUAUCUAUCUAUCUAUCUAUCUAUCUUAGUAAUUAGUACAAAAUUACAUGUUUUAGUUGUAGAAAAUCUCAGUGGAACCUAUGAAAUAAUGAAUAUAAACUGCAAUAAGGUGCAUCUGGAGAGAAAAACUUGUAAACUGCAAACUUGUACCUAACAAGUGGUGCAGAUUGUGCUAUUUUCUACGUGACAGCUGCAUGUAGAGCUGUUAAACUUUAUAUAUUUAAACAUGAUAUUGUAUUGAAGUGCAUUUAGGUCUGACACUGUCCAAUAAUGCAGGAAAUCACCUAAACUUUUGGCCAGUUCAAACUAAAAUUGAAUGUUCUCUGUAAUAAAUACCAGCAGAACAAUGAAUUUUCUGAUCUGUGUUCUUUCAGCUGCUGUACCAGCACUGGAAACGGACUUCAGGACCAAACAUAAAAACAUAUGUAUGCGUUUUUUUCUGCAUCACCGGCUGAAUGCAGAUAUUUUCCUGCAGCUACAACUCAACAAAUUCCAAUUCUCAGUGAGGUGGUGUCUUCAGAUCAAGAACAACUACAACUUUCAGCCUUACGAAAUGAUUUGGAGAAGAAAACUUUUGACGCCUGCAACGUUUUUGAUCAUCGUGAUGAAUGUCUUCACUGGUCAAACUCUAACAUGUCAUCCAGCAGAAUAUCAGAUAGGGAAUGAAUGCUGUCCAAUGUGUCCUGCAGGAAGUCGAGUUAAAACUGAUUGUACAGAGUUCAGAUCGACAUCAUGUCUGCCCUGCCUCGAUGGAACCUUCGUGGAUAAACCCACUGGGCAGAAAAAAUGUUUCGACUGCACUAACUGUGAUGCAGAAGGUUUGGGUCUAAAGGUAAAGACAUCAUGUACAACAACAUCAGAUGCAGUUUGUGAACCACUGGAUGGAUUCUACUGUAUUGACCCAAGAGGGAACAACUGUGUAGCAGCACAGAAACACAGAAUUUGUCAUCCAGGACAAUACAUCAACCAAAAAGGAACAGCCUCUACAGACACUGUGUGCUCUGACUGCAGCACUGGAACAUUUUCAGAUGGAACAUUUACAUCUUGUCAGCCACAUUUUCAAUGUGAAUCAGUAAACCUUCAACUGAUAAAAGCAGGAACUGUUUCUACUGAUGCUGAAUGUGGAGAAAAGAGUUCAAAUGUCACAGUAGCUGUGAUCAUCUCUGUUGUACUUUUUUUAUUAAUAUCUGCUGGAUUAGUUUCUUUCUUUUACUUCAGAAGGAAGAAAAUGCCUUUCAGACCAGCAGAAAAAAACAGAAGUUCAGUCGUUCUCAGUCAACCUUCGUUAGAAAAUGGAACAGAAUCAUCAGAGGAGGCAAUUCCUAUGAGAAUAUCAUCAGGUAGGACAGCAGUGUGUUGGUCACUGAAAUGUUCAUGAGGUCAAUGAAGUUUCUACUUUAAAUGAAAGUUUUUCUCGCCUCAGACUAAAACCACCUGCAGGACAACAGGUAGGACUCAGUGUCCUGCAGAGUAAAUGUGCUUCAGAGUCCAGUUUUAAUCCAUCUGGAUGCUGACACAUCAUCUUUGCAGUGGACUGAAGUAAAACAACAGUUUCCUGUUUCCUGCUGGAUCUUUAUCUGACUGUACAGAAAACAAAGUUGCUCUGGAAUAUAACAGAUGGAAGAUAAAUUUAAAGACUCACUGACUCCAUUGAUCUUCUGCUCAUAUAAAGAGCCGGGUUCUGCUCAAGGUUUUUUUCCCUGUUAAAAGGUUGUUUUCCUUGCCACUGUCGCCUUAGGGCUGCUCUGGGGUUCAGGCAUAUGGGUUCUGUAAAGCGUCUCGAGACAAUUUGACUGUAAUUGGCGCUAUAUAGAUAAAAUUUAAUUGAAUAGUUGGAGCAACUUCAGACUGAAACUGGACUUUAAAUGAGGACAAACUGCUGGAACAGAAGAUAAUGUGUCCUUUUCUGCAGCAUGUUGGACUAAUGGCUGCCAUGAGGUGGAAGAUUUUAUAAACCACUUAUCAUUUUCAUAUGAUGCUUUUUUAUAAACUCUUCUCAGUUUCAUGCUGUGAGAUUUUGUCUCUUUCCAGUUGAGUGUACAUUCUGUUUGCUUUUUUCUGUAAAUAUUAUACAGAUUUACAUGAACCAAUCUACUUUUAUACACUUGUUUUUUAUUUGAAUCAUUUUAUGUUUUAUUAGAUUUUUUUGUCAGAUUGAAAGGAAACAUAAAUUUGCUGCUUGGAGCUACAUUUUAAAAACUCAAAUAAGGAUUUCUGUCCUUGGAUUCUUGCAUUUUCAUCCAUGAAUGCCGGUUUGCUUACUUAUGUGAGGAUGAUUUUCUGGAAGCUCUGCAGCUAAAUGCAGUAAUGGAUCAACUGUGGACCAUUAUGAGGACAGUCAUGGAUCAUCUCAGUUUUUUGUAAGAGGAGUUCACAAAUAAGAAACUAACGCAGCAUAGAAGACAACACUUGGAGGAUGGAGGCAGAAAGAUGUCAGGAAACUGGUGUUGUCCUGCAUUUACUGCUCUGCUUCCAACUGAGGAGGAAACCUGCUGAUGCCAGAUUUAGAAAAUCUCUAUUUAUCCAUAGAGGAGAGUAAUUCUGCUGUGAAGCUACAGCUAAUGAUGAUUGGUUCUGGUAAACAUCCUGGAGACGAUGUUUCACUUCCCAAAAAUCAACUGAAAGGAAAGAUCAAGACCAGCCAGACUGGAGUCUCAUGGUUUUGGAAUGAAAAACUUCCUUCAGUCUCAAUCUGCUGAAAAUGAUUCCAGUAAGAAGAAGCACCAAAGCUCCUCCUUUAUGAAAAACACAAAAAAAAGGUUGAAGAAGUUUUCCCCUGCAUAGGGGACCAAGUCUGAACGUCUGGAUUUUCCCACAUUUCAGCACCAACAUCGAUCCAUGAACAUCACAGAAAACACAAAAUACAGUUUGUGUAUCUUUGGCUGUUGGUGGUGAACACAGACAUCCCAAGAUCACACAACUGUCUGGAUAUUUUAGUUUUACUGUUAGAAAAAGGUCUAAUCUGUAUACUGAAGUUGUAAAUGUAUUUUAGUGCUAUUUUUGUGUAACUGGAUGUUUUUACAUACUUAUAUGUAGAACGUGACGUAUUUUAUCAUUAAAUUAGCUACAAAGAUAUGACAGCAGGUAGCCUAGUAUUAGUUAAUAACCUUUUAUCUAAUCAUCCAGAUAGUCACCAUUUCUCAGUGUAAUAUUCAGAGUUUUCUGGUUCAUGCUCACAUUCCUUUGACUUUAUCUGUAGUAAAACUAGAAAACUACAAGUUUGAGAGUGAAUCUUCAACCUGUGUUUCCUUCAGCUGAGUGUCUUAUCUAUCAUUCCACAUCUGUACAUGUCAAAGUGAAAGCAGCCUGUGUAUGAUCCUUAUUUUUAGCUUUAAUUUACAUUUGCAUUUAUUGCCUCAUUUGUGUCCAGCUGCUCUAACGUGAAUUUCUCCUGUAAUAUCUGACGUCCACAGUGAACUUCACAGCUCAGAUCCAGCUUCAAAUAAAAGUAGAAACAUGAGAGACGCUUUAUUUGGUUUGGAGCCUCUGCAGUCAGUGUAGCUUCAACAUUAUUCAGCCCUACUUCAGGCAGACUGUGGGAGGUUUACUUUCCUGUGAUUCUCAGUUCUGCUGCAGUGAACUUUGUGGUUUGGUUUUUACUCUCUGGUAUGUUUUUUCUGCUGUUGUUGCUUUCGUUUUAGCAUCACAGGCUGCUGAAGGCUUGAGAUGGAACUUGAACCUUGUGAGCAACACCUAUGUUAACUAGACCAGAGGAAAUAAAUAGUGAUGAGGGCCCCUCCCUAACAUGUUCUAAUGUUUGGAUCACAUUGCAGGCGGUGGCUGUUUUUACUGAGUCUGGUAGAUCCAGUUCUACUCACUGUGCACCAACGAUUAGAAUAAGAUGCAAAGCUUCUAAAGCUUCUGCAGCAUCAUUGUGGUUACAGCCAGUCAGAGUUUUAAUUUCAUUUCUUGUUUUGCUGCUCUUGUUUAGUUGGUUCAUGUGUUUUUGUAACUGUUUUACUAACUUUGCCUUUUAUAUUGUUAUUGUUGUCCAAGUUUUGUAUUUGUUUACCAACAUCUUUAAUUCCAUUGCUGUGGUACACUUAAAAAAAAAGGCCUAAUAAACAUUUUAAAUAAUA